CGGGGGCGGGGCCACAGUCGGGGCACCCGGGCCAUGGCCGCCGCGGAUUCUGAGCAAGCGGUGUUGAGUAAGGGGGAGACCAAGAAGGAUACCUGCAUGAAGACUGAACUGCUGAAAGAUAUCACAAACAAUAAAGAAGAAGGGGGUAAUGACAUGGCUGCUGAUGAAAGUUCAACAGAAAAGCAAGGAGGGGAGCCUCAGAUGGCAGCGGAUGGUGAAACAAAUGGCUCUUGUGAAAGAAAUGAAGCCAAUAGUCAUCCCAAUCCAGCUAAACACACUCAGGACAAUACAAAAGCCAGCCCACAGGAGCCUGCUAAGUUAACAAGAAUAGCUGAAAAUGGAAUUUCUGAGAGAGAUAGUGACUUUGGGAAACAAAAUCAUGUGAAAGCUAGUGAUUUCACUCAGACUUCUCUCACAGGAAGUAAUGGCUAUAUCUUAACCAAACAGACUUUACCAGAACAACCCAUAAGGACUACCAGCACCUUGACUUCUUCUCUUCCUGGCCAUGCUGCAAAAACACUUCCUGGAGGACCCAACAAGGGAAGAACUCUAAGCUCAUUUCCUCAUGCACAGGCUGCAAUGCCCACCAAGCUCGGUGAAGGGAGUAAAGAUCUAGAUCAUAAAAAACCCACCACUAUAAAUCCUGACGUCAAAGUCCACAGAGCACGGAAGACUAUGCCUAAGUCCAUCCCCAGCCUGCAUGCAGCCAGUAAGGACCCCAGAGAAGUUCGAGAUUCUAGAGAUCAUAAAGAAUCAAAGGAGGAAAGCAACAAAAAUGUUACGGAGUUUGGAAAACAGCAGCUUUUGCCCCCUCUCUCAUCCCUUCAUCAGUCGCUACCUCAGAACCAAUGCUACAUGGCCACCACAAAGUCACAGACAGCUUGCUUGCCUUUUGUUUUAGCAGCUGCAGUAUCUCGGAAGAAAAAACGGAGAAUGGGAACCUACAGCCUGGUUCCUAAGAAAAAGACCAAAGUUUUAAAGCAGAGGACGGUGAUUGAGAUGUUUAAGAGCAUAGCUCAUUCCACUGUGGGCACCAAGAGUGAGAAGGAUGUAGGUGACAGUAGCCUUCAUGUAAAUGGAGAGAGCUUGGAGAUUGACUCAGAAGAGGAUGACUCUGAUGAUUUGGAAGAGGAUGAAGAUCAUGGAUCUGAGCAAGCCUCUACAUUUCCUGUGGAAGACAAUAGAAUUUCUAAAGAGGGUAUAUCUGAAAUUGAUCGGGCCCAAAAGAUGGAGGAUGGGGAGUCUGAAGAGGAGCAAGAAUCUGGAGAAUCUGGGGAGGAAGAAGAAGAUGGGGAUGAAUCUGAUUUGAGUUCAGAAUCUAGCAUUAAGAAGAAGCUUCUGAAACGAAAAGGAAAGAUAGACAGCCCAUGGAUUAAGCCAACCAGGAAAAGGAGGAGGAGGAAUAAAAAGAAACAAAGCAGUGUCUUAGGUACUGAAACAUACAAGUCAUCUUUGGGAAGCACAGGACAAGCUGGGCAGGAAAAUAGUAUGGACUAUAUGGAGGUUUCUCUGGAUUCUCUGGAUCUCCGAGUAAAGGGAAUUUUAUCUUCACAAUCAGAAGGUCUAUCCAAUGGUCCUGAAGCAGUGGAAAUUGAUGGCCUUCAGGAAGUGCCUCUCUGUAGCUGCCGAAUGGAAACUCCCAAAAGUCGUGAGAUUACCACAUUAGCCAACAAUCAGUGUAUGGCCACUGAAAGUAUAGACAAUGAGUUGGGAAGAUGCACAAACAAUGUGGUUAAAUAUGAGUUGAUGCGUCCGUCAAAUAAUGUCCAGCUCUUGGUGCUAUGUGAGGAUCAUAGAGGGAAAAUGGUGAAACAUCAAUGCUGCCCUGGUUGUGGGUACUUCUGCACAGCUGGCAAUUUUAUGGAAUGUCAACCUGAAAGUAGCAUAUCUCAUCGUUUUCAUAAGGACUGUGCCUCCUUUGUCAAUAAUACAAGCUAUUGCCCUCAUUGUGGGGAAGAGACCUCAAAAGCAAAAGAGGUCACCAUAGCCAAAGCAGACACUACUUCCACAGUGUCGCUUACCUAUGUCCAAGAAAAACCAGUCGCUGUAGAGGGAAGGGCUGACACUACAACAGGUAGCAGUGGAGUUGGAACACAGUUGUCUGAGGAGGAAAAGCCAGAGAGUUUAACUCCUCAAGUUCCUGAAUCAGGCUUCGAAUUGUCUGGGUCUUCAGUUUUUGUUAAGCCUACUACAGGACUUUCACAGGGACCAGUAAAAGAAACCUUGGAAAGUGCUUUGAUUGCUUUGGAUUCAGAAAAACCGAAGAAGUUACGUUUCCACCCUAAGCAGUUGUACUUUUCUGCCCGACAAGGAGAACUGCAAAAAGUGCUGCUUAUGUUAGUUGAUGGGAUUGACCCAAACUUUAAAAUGGAGCACCAGAAUAAAAGAACUCCACUUCAUGCAGCUGCAGAGUCUGGCCAUGUGGACAUCUGUCAUAUGUUGAUUCAGGCUGGUGCUAAUAUUGACACCUGUUCAGAAGAUCAGAGAACCCCACUGAUGGAGGCAUCAGAAAACAACCAUUUGGAUGCUGUAAAAUACCUCAUCAAGGCUGGAGCAUUAGUAGAUCCUAAGGAUGCAGAGGGCUCCACAUGCUUGCACCUAGCUGCCAAGAAAGGCCACUAUGAUGUGGUUCAGUAUUUGCUCUCAAAUGGACAGAUGGAUGUCAAUUGCCAGGAUGAUGGUGGUUGGACACCAAUGAUUUGGGCCACUGAAUAUAAACAUAUUGAUCUUGUGAAGCUCUUGCUAGCUAAAGGAUCAGACAUCAACAUAAGAGACAAUGAAGAAAAUAUUUGUUUGCAUUGGGCAGCUUUUUCAGGCUGUGUUGAAAUAGCAGAGAUAUUGUUGGCUGCUAAGUGUGAUUUACAUGCAGUAAACAUACAUGGAGACUCACCCUUGCACAUUGCAGCCAGGGAAAACCGCUAUGAUUGUGUGGUCCUCUUUCUCUCUCGUGGCUCUGAUGUCACCCUAAAGAACAAGGAAGGAGAAACACCAAUCCAGUGUUCCAGUCUCAACUCUCAGGUGUGGGGAGCUCUUCAAAUGAAUAAGACUCUUCAAGAAUCUUCCAAUGAGAAACCUGCCCAAAUAGAAAGGACGAUGAGUAGAGACAUUGCUCGAGGUUAUGAACGAAUUCCCAUUCCUUGUGUUAAUGCUGUGGACAAUGAGCCAUGCCCUAGUAACUACAAGUAUGUUUCCCAGAAUUGUGUGACAUCCCCUAUGAACAUUGAUAGAAACAUUACACAUUUGCAGUACUGUGUGUGCAUAGAUGAUUGCUCUUCCAGCAACUGCAUGUGUGGCCAGCUCAGUAUGCGGUGUUGGUACGACAAGGAUGGUCGACUCUUGCCUGAAUUCAACAUGGCAGAACCUCCCCUGAUCUUUGAGUGCAAUCAUGCUUGUUCUUGUUGGAGGAAUUGCCGAAAUAGGGUUGUGCAAAAUGGGCUCAGGGCUCGAUUACAACUUUAUCGGACACAAAAUAUGGGUUGGGGUGUACGGUCCAUGCAAGACAUUCCACUGGGGACUUUUGUUUGCGAAUAUGUUGGAGAGCUGAUUUCUGAUUCAGAAGCUGAUGUCCGAGAAGAGGAUUCCUAUCUCUUUGAUCUGGACAAUAAGGAUGGAGAAGUUUACUGCAUAGAUGCCCGUUUCUAUGGCAACAUCAGCCGUUUUAUUAACCAUCUCUGUGAGCCCAAUCUCAUUCCUGUGCGUGUCUUCAUGUCACAUCAAGAUUUGCGCUUUCCUCGGAUUGCUUUCUUCAGUACUCGGCAGAUAGAAGCAGGAGAAGAGCUAGGGUUUGACUAUGGAGACAGAUUCUGGGACAUCAAAGGCAAGUUCUUUAGCUGUCAAUGUGGAUCCCCCAAGUGCAAACACUCCAGUGCAGCCCUGGCCCAGCGUCAGGCCAGCUCUUCCCAGGAUACCCAAGAGAACGGGCUCCCAGACACUAGCUCUGCUGCAGCUGCUGACCCUUUUUGAGGCCCUGAUCACCAAAACUGACAUUGUUUCAACUCUCUAGAUUUAAAUAUUGUUUAAAUUUCCAUUUAAAGAGGACAAGAAAUCUACAAAUGAAGUCCAAGAGGUCAUAAGAUUUAGGGGCUGUGCCACCGACUGUUACUUGAGGAAUUAUGAAAUAACAUGCUGAAUACUUUUUUG